AUGUUUGAGUUCCAGGAGAUUUGCCAAACUUACAAUGAGCUGGUGGUCGUGGUGAAUGGCUUGAAGAUGGGUCAACAGCAAUUAAAGACCUGGCAAGCGAAGUUGUCGACCCAGCUUAUGUCGACGGACCUGGGCAACCUGAAUCUGUCUACUCAGGGUUUGGCUCCUUUCGUGGCCAAGUUUCAAGCACUCGACAGCCAAGUGGCCAAUGGGUUGGCGCAGGCUGACCCGUUCCAAUCAACUUCUACCAUGUGCAACAAAGCCUUUCCCAAGAAGAUCCCGGCAGAGAUCCAAGCGCGGCUGAAACUCUUUGAGGAGACACCUGUGUUGAUCUCGCGGCAAUGGACCAGCUUGGCAGCUGGUGUUGCUCUCCUUGCUGUGGUGCUCCCAGCAGCCAUGCUCCUCUUUGCCUACAAGCGUGGAGAACGUCCUGGCUCUGUGGCAAUUCUUCCCCUUGAAGAUGGUCAAGAAGUUCAUGAAUUGGUUUGCAUUGACGGACCUUAG